AUGGGGGUGAGUUUUCGUGUUGAACCGCUUGCCCUGCUCGAAGCAUGGCGAGGCACAGACGGCGGAGUCAAGACUGUCGAUGAUAGUUGGCGCGUUCGAGCGUUACGUGCAGAAGAAGCGCUUCGUGCAGAGCGCAAUGAUUGUGGCGACUGUCACAAGCGACGCGCGACCGCAGAAGCCGCGCUCGAGGAGCACACGCGCUGGCUCGGCGAGGAGCGUUCGGCGAAGGCCGCGCUCGAGCAAGAGUUGAACGACCUCAAGGCACAUAUGGAAAAGAAGAUUCAAGAACUGACUGCAAACGCGGAGAAGGAUCGAGUAAAGGCAAAGCGCUCUCUCGAGGCUGCUAUUGAGGCCGCGAAUCGAGUGACUAAGCAAAAUGCGCUCGACGAACGCCGCAAGCGCGAUCAACUCGACGACUUGAACGCCAAGUUGAAGAAGGACAUCAUCGAGCUCGAGAAAAUCAACGCGAACGCGCAGGAGCGCAUUUCGAAGCUUGAAAUCGAGUUAAAGAGCUCGUAUGACAUCAAGUCGUCGAUUAACAUCUCUAUAUCAACCAACGAGGCCUUCGCGAAGUUGGAAGAUGACAAACACAAACUUGAAAUCGAAAACGCUGCUCUCAAGAAGAGCCUCGAUGGCAAGUCCGAAGAAGUCGAUCGCCUGAAGGAUGAACUCAAUGCUUUAAGA